UUCUGCCCGCAGUGGCGGUGUGGGACAGCCUGCCAUUGCCAAGCACCGCUCACCGGUUCUCACGCCGUAGGUAGGUAGGGGUCGAUCCCAACUCCUUCCUUCCCCUUUGCUGCUGCUUUAAUUCCUUGCGCGAAGAUCCCUCUUCUUCUUCUUCGUUUACAGCCGUUCUUUGCUCUAACCUCUGGACUUUAGCCGCUCCCACACGGCCUCCAUCUUUCGGCAUCGAGAGAUCCAAUAACAUCAGGACCAAGAAAGUAAAAAGACGCAAUCAUUAGGAACUACUUUCUCUCCGUUUCUUUUUAAUUGUCGCUGGAUAGUUCAAUUUUGCACUAUCCAGCGACAAAUAAAACGAAACGCUACUUAUCUGCAUUGCGCAGAUUCUCUGCUAGCUAGGCUGUUGGCUCGCUCCUUCAAUUCUCCUCUCCUCUCCUUCCGCACUCCACCCCCUCCUCCGUAGUAGUAGCAGCAUAGCAUCUGGUGGUGUGGUGGUCAAGGUUCAAGAACAAAUUCAGCUGGAGGCCGGCGGAGAUUAUUUUAUUCAUUCCCCUCCGAGAGGCUGCAUCGAAAAGGGGAGAUCAAGGAUCCCCGGAGGCUUGUAGCCGCAACAACCACAAGGGAGGCGGAGGGCGAGAGGCUUCUUCUCUGACCAGCGACCGGCUCGCCGUCCAGAGAAGAAGAAGAAGAAGAGGAGGAGGAGGAGGAAGAAGAAGAAGAAGCGCUCUUGGGCUCCGUCGUCGCAUGAAGAAGGAAACCAUGGAGGGGCAUGUGCCAUUGCCAUUGCCAUUGCUCCCGGACGGAGAAACUGCGGUGGGCUACAGCAAGGACGACGCCUCCUCGCCUCUGCAAGAGGAGAUUUCGAGCCUGCGGUCAAGGCAGCGGCGUGUUGACAGGAGACGGCGGGAGGCGCUCGACAGGCUCGUUGAACUGAAAGGAAGCGUUAGGGUCUUCUGCCGGGUCCGGCCGCUGGCUCACACGAACAGCUUGCAUGCCCAGUCAUCACCUGUUACCGUCGAGCAGGAGAGGAUCACGGUCAAGGCAGCCGGGAUCAAGAGGGAGUUCGGCGCUGAUAGGGUUUUCGGCCAGGAGUCCACGCAAGAGGAUGUGUUCGAAGAAGUGAAACCGAUCCUCAGGUCUGCACUCGACGGCCACAACGUCUGCAUCCUCGCGUACGGCCAGACCGGGACGGGGAAGACCUACACAAUGGAAGGAACCGGCGGUAAUAAGCUCGGCGUCGUGCCUCGGGCUAUCCAGGAGCUGUUCUCUCGCGCUUCGGAGGACGGCUCAUGCGCCUACUCUUUCUCCAUGAGCAUGCUUGAGGUCUACCUGGGGAGUCUCAGGGACUUGCUGGCAGCACCGAGGCAGCCUCUCUUCAGGCGAACAGAGUGCAAAGCAGCGGCGUGUAGUAGUAGCCUCAGCAUACUGGCAACGAAAGGUGGCGCCGUGGAAGUGGAGGGGCUGACGGACGUCUCGACGCCGGACCUCAAGAACGCCAGCCAGUGGUACCGCAGAGGGCGGCGAGCCCGGUCGACGGCCUGGACGAACGUCAACGACGCCUCCAGCCGGUCGCACUGCCUGACGAGGAUCACCAUAAGGAGAAGGAUGAGGCAUGGAGGAGGAGGAGGAGUCAGCAAGCUCUGGCUCGUCGACCUCGGCGGCAGCGAGCGGCUGCUCAAGACCGGCGCGUCCGGGCUCACCAUGGACGAGGGCAAGGCCAUCAACCUCUCCCUGUCGGCGCUCGGAGACGUCAUUGCUGCGCUCAGGAGGAAGAGGCCCCAUGUUCCUUAUAGAAACAGCAAGCUUACCCAGAUUCUCAGCGACUCGCUCGGCGAUGGUUCGAAAGUUGUAAUGGUGGUGCACGUCAGCCUAUCCGAGGACGACGUCGGCGAGACGGUCUGCUCGCUGAACCUGGCGAAACGAGCCAGAUCGAUCGAGCCGAACAGAGAAAUCCCACAGGAUCUGAAAACGCUGAAGCAGAAGAGGGUCGCAGAGCUGGACAGGGAGAUCCGCGCCGCCGAGGAAGAGCUGAAGCGUCUCGACGAGCAGAUAAGGAGAGCGGAGGAGAAGGAGAUCUCACUCGAGGAGGAGGAGGAGGAGGAGGAGGAGAAGAAGCUCUUCGCCUCGUCGGUCUGCCAGGCUCUCAGCGACGACGAGAAGGGGUCGCCGAGGAGCACUCUGGUGGUGGUGGGGCACACCGAUGCCGCGGAGAGCCCGCGCGCGACGACGGAGAAGGCGAAGGGCAGGAGGCCGCCGCCGGCUCGUGGCCAUGGUGGCUCAGCAGCUCCCCACUUCAUGUCCUCCACGGUGUGCAGCCGGCAGAGACGGUGCGCGGGAGGCUACCAUUCUGUCGGUAACGGUAAGCCGAGGCUGACGGCGGUGUCGGUGAACAGGUACCCGCCGCCGGCUGCUGAGCUGAGUGGGAGCCAGAACGCGGCGGCCAGGGCUAGCAGGUCGGCGUCAGUGGCACUCUCGUCCGGUGUGCACAAGUUGAGGUGCUUGCGUGUCAACAAGUCCGAUCAGGUCAACGUAAUAAGCAACAGCAGCGUCGACUCGACCGCUGCGUCGGCACCGCCGCCGCGGCGGAGGGAAAGCUGCUUCGGCUCCAGGCCGGUUCUACAAAGAGCGGCAGCGCCCCUGCAUCUGCACAGGAGGAGGAUGUCUAGCCUGACAUGAACACCGAUUGCACAGUUAUGAUUUUUCUUAACUUAAUUGUUUUUAUUAGUGGUGAAAGGGUUCUGAAAGAUGUUUGUGUAUGUAUGGUUGUUAGCUUCGUAGUUCUUGACUGCUGUAACUAUUGGUUGGAGGCCCCUUGGGCUUUUGUUUUUUUUUUGGGUUUGGCUUGGAAGGGGCAAAAUGAUGCGAGGAAUAAUUGUUGAUACAUGGAAUAAUGGAAUUUACCUGUGGUUCUGGUUGCGAUGGA